UUCUAAACGAGAAAAAGAAUAUCAAUAGGUGCAAAGUACCAUUUUGUUCUGCAAACACAAAAUGGCGGAGUUUUGAUUUCUCAUUUGAAUUUCCUCUCUCACGUCACGGUCCCUGUUUUUGAAUUCAACACAAAGCGAACAGUGACUUCGUGACUUCUUUUCCACCGGGCAGCGACUUUCAUUGGAUUGUCAUUGGCCGAGGCAACAUCGGUUGAGGAUAAACCGACGUCGUCGCCCGAGCGGAAAGUGAACGUCCACCAGGUUGAAAGAAGCCUCGGGUCUAACGGCAAUGGCCGACGAUGGUUCAGUCGUUGUCAGACACCGGUAUCGUGCGCGUUGUCGACCCGAAGACAGUCGAAAAGAACGAAAUAAAAAUCGGGAAAAAAAUCAUCGCAGGGAGUCGGAGCGUUUCCAAAUAUCGAGAACCCGCGGGACGCCGUCGAGCCGAGUUAUAGAAGAAAGAAACGCUAACGGGGAGGACCUCGGGAAGACCGUGCUUCGCGAAUCGCUCGUUCAACUAUACUAAAGCACGGAACUAUAAGGAUAAUCCCAUACGAUCUCACGUAUACGCCGGACACAAGGUCCAGUCUAUAAACGUGAAAAUUUCGCCCAAUCCCGUCGAGUUAUACGUUUGCAUAUUCCGAGUGAAAAGUUGUACACUUAUGCAAUGAAAGGGGGUAAAUUCAUCGCGCAAAAGUCAUUCAAAAGACAAAUAAGAAUAAUUACAUCUUAAUUACAAUAGUAUUAUGAUACAUUGGUGUAUCGUGGAUUCUGUGUUGUUUGUGUUAAUUUAUAUGCAGAAUAGUCGGAUUUAGUGUUGGUUUAGAAAGUAUACACAGUGAAUAUUUCAACGAAUGAAACGCGAUCUAAAUAAUACGCGGUAGUGCACAGAAUAUAUUUCAAAGAGAUCUAUAAGGAUCACGAUUUCGUCAGCGAUAAACGUUGUUCCUUUUCUUCUUUUUUUUGUUUCUUGUCGAACAUAAUUUCGAAAUCAGUUAACACGAAUGCCAGUUCGUUAAGUGUUACGAUCGUGCUAUGGGUGAAUACGUGAGAUAAAUAAUGAAACACUGAUCGUUAGAAGGACGACGUUUUAGGUACCGAGAAGUGAACGUCUCAAAAGUAUGCUCUAAUAAAAAUCGAACCCAACGUCUCGUGGUUCAAAUUUUGUCAACCCCCUCGCAACCUCCUAGCCGCGGUUCAUUUUUUUGGUUUGCUUCCUUCGGAUCGACCGACGAUCGAUCACCCAUGGGAAAAUCUCUGGAAAUAUUUGAAGAAAUAAAAUUCAUUGGCUCGUAUCAGUUGGUGCCAGAUAAUCAAAAUUCCAAGAAUUUCGUGGCCACUAUUUCGAAAGCCCGAAGAUUUGGCGAUAAAUUCUAUCGGUAUAACAACCGUAACGGAAUAAUUAACCCAUCAAAUUUCUCACCUAUGUGCGGUGUGUGUAAGGAAUCACUGUAAAACAAUUAUCGGCUAAAUGUCUCUCGUAAAUUUAAUAUCCGUUGAACAAAACUCAAGCAGUGUCGGGUGAGAGCUCGAGGAUAAUUUGUCGACGUAGAGCUGUCGCUUCGAGCGAAGUGAAUAUAAUAGAGAAAAUAAGUAAGAGCUGUUUACUGCUGGCCCAUUAUCAGCCCAUGCAGAAAUGUUGGUGGUAUGGAUAACCGUCGUUGCCGCGGUCUUCUUGGUGGAAGCCGACUGCCAGUACAGCGACAAUACACCACCGGUGAUGUGGCUCGACCGGAACUGGAUUCUCCCAGAUUCAGAGCCGGUCGGAAGUAUCGUGACGAGGGCUAGGGCCGAAGAUAACGAACAGGACGAGCUGACCUUCGGAUUGGAACCAUUGGGGCAAAACUUAAACUGGGAAAAUACCCCGCAAUCUCCACUUCCUUUUUACAUCGACAAUUCCACCGGAACCGUGUUCGUCAACGAAUCUUUGAAGGACAGAGGAGGUGAGGACCUGAAUCUAUACGUGACAGUCACCGAUGGCAUGCUCACCGCGAAGACCGCGGUCUAUGUAAACAUCAAGAACACCUCGGCACCAAAUGGAGGCAACACUAGAUCUCCGUUCUCAAGUCAACACGGCUCCGGUGGUCGGAUCAGACCACCUUUGGUCGGACUUCCAAUCCUACAAAAUUAUCCUCGACCUCCGCCUCCGCCUCCGCACAUCCCAUCAAAUUCGAAUCCUCCGAGACCUCCAACGACAAUUCUGAAGCCAGAAACCCCGGAGCCGGAAAUGACGGAAGUUCCAUCGUCUACAGCGGCGACGAAAGAAGAUGUUGAAACAAAUGAAAUUGCAGUGCAAACCAGGACAGCAUUAGGCGCAAAUGUCACUCCGAGCGAACCAUCUCCGACUCAAGAUAUCGCCAUGACGAUUGUUCCCGCCGCAGCGGUCUGCGCCUUGGUUCUCGGAUUAGGAUUAGGCGCCUGGUCACUUAGGCACAAAUUCUGCGGUAACCGGAAGGCGAAAGAGGAAAUGGAAUCAGCUUCGGCCAGUAUUUCCAACAUAUCGGACAACCCAUCGCUUGUCUUUAACGGAUGGCGUGGACCGAAGGCUCGUAGCAACACGUACGAAGGCCCCGACAAAGAGAACCCGUCAGGAAUUCAACAUAAAUCAGUCGUUGAUAAUUGGGAGUUUCCCAGGCAUCGGCUCAAGAUUUUCAACAUUCUUGGCGAAGGGUGCUUCGGUCAAGUGUGGAAAUGCGAAGCCCAAGAUAUCGCCGGAAAAACGGGCCCGAUUAUCGUAGCUGUCAAAACAUUGAAAGAAAAUGCGACGGAACGAGAGAGAUUGGACCUUGCCCAAGAGCUGAAAGUUAUGAAAUCGUUGGAGCCGCACCCAAACGUUGUCAGAUUAUUGGGAUGCUGUACGGAACGGGAACCGAUGUUUGUCAUACUAGAAUACGUGAGCGGUGGUAAACUUCAAAGUUUUUUGCGAGCUUCCAGAGAAGAAAGAAAUCACGGUGGACCUGGUUUGACCUCGAGGGAUCUCACUGGAUUUGUCUAUCAGAUCGCAAGAGGAAUGGAGUAUCUCGCAACAAAAGGAGUCAUCCACAGAGACCUUGCCGCCAGGAACAUUCUCAUAGACGAGAAUCGUGCCUGCAAAGUUGCGGAUUUUGGAUUCGCAAGAGACGUCGCCGUGAAUCAAAUGUACGAACGGAAGUCGGAAGGGCGACUACCGAUCAGGUGGAUGGCGCCAGAGAGUCUCUACGACAAUAUAUUUUCCGUAAAAUCCGAUAUAUGGAGCUUCGGGGUUCUGAUAUGGGAAAUUGUUACACUUGGAUCGACGCCUUACCCUGGUUUGGCAGCCGCCGAGGUAAUGAGGCGGAUAAAGGAAGGGUACAGAUUGGAUCGUCCAGAGCAUUGUAAACGGGAACUUUACAACAUAAUGUAUUACUGCUGGGACAAAAACCCGGCGAGCAGACCUUCGUUUACCGAGCUAGUCAACCUUGCCGAAGGUCUUCUGCUAGACGAAACCGAUUACAUCGAGUUGGAUAGAUUUCCCGACCAUUCGUAUUACAACGUACUUAGCCUCAGUGGCGAAAAACUCUGAAAUAAAUCGCCAACGAUAUUGACAUAGGCGAACAAGAACUGACCGAUUUACGAGAUAGCUUUUUCAAUUACUGUACAUUAUCGUAAUUUGAGAUACACUCAAAAACGCUUGCGAUAAGUUUAAUCAAAUAUUUGAAUGGUGUGAAUGUCUGUGAAAAACUAUAUAACGAAUUUCAAACUUCGAACGAACUAUGAAUGUUAUCUAUUAAAUAUCUUUAAAAAUAAUUAUUUUUAGUUUUGAUAAAUACAACCUAGAUAAUAAGAAAUGGAUAUAAAAUACUCCUGUACAUAUAUAAAAUACCUUUGAUAGAUCAAUAAUCGGCGUAAACGUAAAAUAGAUCGAAAAUAUUCAAUAGUGCCUAAGAUUGUGUAGUAAUGGAACUUGUAAAUCUGUGAUUUCGCUUUCAGGAAUUUUACAUUGUCCUUACGCGUUGUUUUAGAAUCUCCGAUUUAUUUACAGACGAUUUAAGAUAGACGCCGGAUCCGAAAUUUGGUAAUCGGAUUUUCCGUGACCCCUUUGACAAGUUUGACGUCUCAAAAUUUACCGCAUCCAAAAAUAAUGCUUGACUGUUAGUCGGAGAUAGUGUAUUAUGUAGAAAGCUAUAUCGAAAAACAAAGAAACUGCGAAAGAUAAAAACCGAGAGAAAAAAAAAUUUCUGCUAAAUUUUUAAUGUGUAAAUAUAGUGUUCAUUUUAGUCAGUAAGUAGUUCAUAUGUACCGCAAUAUAAUGGUAGUUAGUAAUAAAUAAUAUCAAGUCUUGUAUAGUA